AUGAAACUGUCUGAUAAAAGCGUAGUUGAGUUGUGUGAGGAUGUCAUAAUCGAAAUAUUACAUCAUUUGCCUUCAAAAUCUCUAGCAAGGUUUGUAUGUGUGUGUAAUCAUUGGCAGAAGUGUAUUGCUGAUCCAUCUUUGGCUUAUAGUUGUCGUUCUCAACGAUGGAGUCCGCAACCCUACAUGAUAGGUUUCUUAUGUCAAGUUAGAGAUUUCGUUAAAGAAAUUCCAGAAGUUCAUUUUUUUUCCUCAUCUACUACAUCAUCAUCAUCACAAUUAGUGAUUGAUGAUGAGUCGGUCAAUUUUCUUGGCAGGGGAUUGUAUAUUAUUAUUGCAUCCUCUAACGGUUUCCUUCUUAUGGCUGAGGAAUUAAGAUAUCAGAGGGCUUACUAUGUUUAUAAUCCUGCAACGAGGCAGCAUCUUUCCGUCCCUGUAACUCCAAUAACAUCCUGCGUAACCUUUGCAGCAGGUAUUGGAUUUCAUUGUAAAGUAGAUGACCCUGAAAAAGAUGCCAUCUCCUUUACAAUAGUUCGUUUUGAAAACUUGUAUGAUCUUGUUUCGAGUGUAACAAUUGAAAGUUUCUCUUCCAAGACUAACAUGUGGUCUACCAUCGAUAUCACACUAGAUGUACCUAUCAGUGUUAUCCUUCAUAGAUGGACGAAAUCAGCGUCAUAUGGGGUAAUCGAUGGAGUGUUCUGUUGGUUUGACGCAUUAUCACAGUUCAUUUUUUAUGAUACUGUCAAUACGCGUUUAUGGGCUUUGCAAUUGAAUCCAGAGAUGUAUGCCUUUGAUGGUCAGUGUCUUGGAGUAUUGGGUGGGGAUCUCUAUUAUGCAUCGUGUAAUGAGGCAGACAUUACAUUGUGGUACCUCGAGAGCAAUAUUCGUAGUCAAGAUGCAGUAUGGGUCAGGAAAUAUACUGCAAAUUUAACCGAUGCACUUGUAAAUUAUUGUCCAUGGGGUCUUGAAGCUGAUGUAGAGUCUCUGGAUUUUCAUCCUGCUAAUCUGCACAUCUUUUAUCUGAAUAUAAAUGGUAGGAUUAUUUCAUUUGACUCGGAAAAGAAUAUUGCGGAACUUCUGUAUGAUUUCGGACAGAGAGACCACUUAUUGUUUUCUUAUGAGUGGCAUCAAUGGCCGCGUCUUCUCUAA